UUUUUUUUUUUCUCUCUUGAGUAAAUAAACACUAUCAUACUCUUUCUCUCUUUCUCUUCUCUUUCUUUCUUUUUCUUUCUUUAUCUCUAUUUAAAUACAAGCAUAUCAUGCUGUAUCAAUACUUCAUUUUAUUACUCUUUUAUACCUUUCUUGCUUUUGGCAAGGAGAUCUCUUUUCAAGAUCCAAAUAUUCACUAUGUUGGUAGAUGGCAUGAAUCCUCCAAUGAAAUACAAAGCGGCUGGCCCGGUGCUUAUUUUAAAGUGAUACUAGAACAUACUCGAAUUGUGAAACUACAACUUAGCAAACCUACUUCACUCCUUGUUCAACUGAACAAGAAACACCAAGUCGCUUUUAGAAAUACAACCAAACUCAUUGAUUUGUUCCCUUCUGGACUCGACCAUGACGGGCCACACGAGUUAUGGGUGGUGGCCACAGACAUUGAUCCAUACGAUAUGUCCAUUUGUCUUCAAUCGAUUAUUGUAGAUGACCAGGGCAUGACUGCAUCUCCACCACCUUCCACUACGGCACCACUUGUGGAAUUUGUAGGCCAUGACCUCACAUUGGGCCUUGAAACAAGCCAAAAUUUAUUUUCUAGCUAUGCUUGGUUAACAAGCGACUUAUUAGGUUUAGAACAUUCACAUAUUGCUUAUAAGGACGCAACACUGAUUGAUGGCAUGGACAACAAGUAUUUUGAUUGGUCUUUGCUCUCUCACACAGACACAGAAAACAAAGUAGCACCUUGGAGUGUGGUUGUCUUGUUAGGUGCAAAUGAUCAUCAGACAGAAUAUACACCAGAAGAAUACCAACAUGCACUUGGUGCAUUCCUUAACAAAGUACGCAAAACCAUGAGUGAAAAUGCACCCAUCUUUAUCUUGUCAGAGCCCUUGGGAGACAUGUUUCGUCCUUCUCAAGAAGCCGUAUUGAAAAUGGCACAUCAACAAGGAGAUCAACAUAUUUACUUUAUUGACACGACAUCAUGGCUAAGAUAUGGACCUAACCAUUAUAAGGAUAGUAGACAUUUGACAGAUGCAGGCCAUGCAUUGUUAGCCAAGAAAUUAGCUCCUUUGUUACAGACAAAACUGAUGCAUCCAAGAGACCCUUUACCAGGUCCUCCUCCUAACCCUAAUUUACCUGGAGAUUGGCAAACAAUGGAUGUAGGUGAAGAGGAUCGUAUUGGUUUACCUGGUACUGUCUCUGCUGAUUCAGACUCUAUCUUUACCUUAUGGGGUUCAGGUGCUGAUAUCGAUAAUGACAAAGACGCUUUCCGGUUUGUCUAUCAACCCUUAGGCAUACAAGGCAUGAUGGAAGCCACUGUUCGCUCUCAUUCUGCUUUUGCUAAAUGUGCCAAGGCAGGCAUCAUGAUCCGUGAACAUUUGGGCCAUGGCUCCCCUUUAAUCAUGCUUGGUAUUUCUCCUGCUGAAGGUAUCUUUGUCCAAGUCCGAUACGAUAAUUUCCAGUCCACUAAACUGAUCAAGAAAAUGCGAGCUUCUCCUCCUUAUCGUCUUCGUCUGAUCCGUCAAAAGUUCAAAGAUACAUUUGAAGCCCAAACACAGCAAGUAGAAUCAGGGCCCUGGGAGACAUUUGCUGUUGUGCCCCUUGUGCUGGCACGCGAUAUUUAUGCAGGCUUAGCGGUCACCAGUUGUGAUCCUUCUGUUGUCAGUGUAGCCAAAUUUACAGAUGUUGGAUUAUAUCAUAGUGCUUUUCAACCCCAACUUAUUCAACAAAGUAUUUAAGUAAAAA